AUGGCUAAAAGCAAAAACCAUACCAAUCAUAAUCAGAACCGAAAGGAUCAUCGUAAUGGAAUUAAGCGACCACAAUCGCAACGAUUUCCAUCAUUAAGUGGAGUUGAUCCAAAAUAUGUUCGUAAUUUAAAAUUUACUAAACAUCAUAAUCAUGUUGCACGUAAAAAUUUACUUAAAGCACGAAAAGCUAAAUUAGCCAGUGGUGACACUUCAUCAGGUAAAGUUGUUAAACGAAUUACUCGUCAAACUGAACCAACAAAAACAACAUGGUCAAUUAAAUCAUUAUUAAACAAUAUAUCAUCAUAUUUUACUGGUGAAACAACAAAACCCGCAACACGAAAACGUACACAUACAAAAAAGAAAUCAACCAAAUCAACUAAAUCAACAACAACAGCUGUUAAGAAAUAA